CCCACUUCCUGGUUACCUUCGCGCUAACUCAACUGUCAUUUGAAAACUUGUACUAGUCAACAACAACUAACAAGCUCCAUCAGGCCAGGGCGACAGCACAGCGCUGGGCAGGAUUGGAGGGUCCGGGAAGGAACAAAGAAAAACUGAAGAGGAAAAGAAGGGGUGAGUGGGCGGAUGAGGGAUUGAAGCAGCACAGAGAACCUGGAGAGGAACAGAGGGACUUAAAGAGAGGAGGAGAAUACUAGUAACAAACGACAGAGGAGCUCAAAAGGAAUCCAAACAGCUCUGAGACAGUGUACGGCCCAGUAUGGAGGAUUUCAGACGGACCUACCUGCGUCUGUGUAAGGAGGGGGGCGUGGAGCCCCAGGAGUCAGUGCUAGCUCAGCUCCAGGAGACCAGGGGAGCCGCAGCAGGAUCCAGGCUGGACCUGAGGGGACACAGCCUGUCUGUAGACACCUGUGCCGUGCUGGGGAGGGUCCUCCACAAAGACACACUCUUUACCGAGCUGGCCCUCAGUGACUGCAUGCUCACUGAGGAAGGUGCCAAGCUGCUCCUGAAUGGGCUGUGUGCCAACACUACUGUUAAAGUUCUGGAUCUGAAGGGAAAUAACUUGAGAUCAACAGGAGCUGAGGCUUUAGGGAAGCUGUUGGUGAGAAACAAGACACUGUGCAGGCUGGUGUUGGAGUGGAAUGCGUUGGGGAUGUGGGAGGAGGCGUUCUCAGUGUUCUGUGAGGGUUUGGCCACCAACGCCUGUCUAACCCAGCUGGACCUGCGCAACAACCAGAUCAACCACCAGGGGGCCUCAGAGCUCUGCCUGGCCCUCAAGCGGAACAGCACCCUGCAGGAACUGGAUGUGAGGUGGAACAACAUUGGUCUGCUGGGUGGCCGGUCCUUCCUGGAGGCUCUACAGCAGAACAGGACCCUGACACACCUGGAGAUGGCUGGAAACAACAUCCCCAGCGACACACUCAAAGCCCUCGAGCAGGCGAUGGAUCAUAACUCGGACAGGCAGUCCACUGUGAGAGAGAGCCGCAGCAGAACCCAAGUCCUCAGCAAGGAGAUCCAGAUCCUCAAGGAGGAGAAGGGACGCCAGUUCCUGAGUCUGAUGGAGACCAUAGACAAACAGAGAGACGAGAUGGGCCGAAGCACCAGGACCACAUCUAUCCAUGUGGGUCAGCUACAGGAGGCCCUGAACGAGAGGAAGUCUGUCGUCAACUCUCUCACAGCCAAAUUCCAGAUGACGGAGGCAGCACUGGCCAUGUCGGAACAGAAGAACCACAACCUGGGAGAGCUGCUGACCAGGGUGAAGACUGAGAAAGAGGAGCAGAGAGAACGACAGAGCAGGGAGAGGAAGAAAGAACAAGAGGACAGUGCUCUGAGGGAGGGGAAGCUCCUCAGAGAGAUGAACAGUAUGUCGGAGACAAACGUACAGCUCAAGAAUAAGUUGGAGAAGAUGGAGAGCAGGUGUAAGUCUCAGCAGGACCAGAUUUUUGAGCUGAAGCAGGAGCUCACCAAUAGCACAGCAGAGCUAAAGCUACGGCUAGCACAGGCAGAAGAGCGUUUGGAGAUGGAGAAGAAGAGAUCUAAACAGUCUCUGGAGGACAUGAAUAACCUUCGACAGAAAGAGGUGGACCAUGUGAAUCGUCACCUUGAGGAGAGUGAGAGGGCUCUACAGGACCGGAUCCUCAAACUGGAGGGACAGCGGAUACAGCUGGAGGAGGAGUUGAGCAGGGCCAAGGCAGCCUGUGUUACAGAGAGAGCCCAGGCAGAGGAGGAACUGGGGAAGGUGCGGCUACAGGUUCGCCUGGAGGAGCAGCAGCGUGUGAGUGGGUUAGAGGAGAAGCUGCGUGGGUUGCGUCAGUCCCGUGAUGAGUCCCAGAGCCACUGUUCCCAGCAGAAACAGACCAUAGCUGAGCUGCAGGCUCGUAGCGGACAGCAGAGCAUCGAGACAGACGGACUACGACGCAGGAUAGAGGAGCUGCAGCAGGAGUUGUCUGGUAAGGACCAGGAGAAGGUUGCAGAGGUGAGUCGGGUCAGGGUGGAGCUACAGGAGCAGAUGGGACACCUGCAGGCUGAGAGGACCGCACAGGGAGGACUGAAGGAGAAGAUAGCUGCUCUGGAGAGAGAGAUGAAAGUGCUGGCCAGUAACCACAGAGAGGCCAUCCUGGACAAGGAGAGUGAGAUAUCAUCUCUGUUUGAGAAGCUGAGACUGAGAGAGGCAGAGAUCCAGAGGAUGAGAGAGGACGAGGCCCAGAGAGCUAGCUUCCUCCAGAACGCUAUACUCACAUACGUACAGGGGUCACCGCUGCACUACAGUCCUAAGAAAUGACCUCUGACAUCUAACCUUUGACCCUUCCCAUCCUUAUGUAGGGACUAAGUACAGGGGUCACCACGGGUUUUGCAGUCCCAAGAAAUAACUUCUGACCCCUAACCCUUGUCCUAUUUACCCCUACAGCCUUGUGCCCAUACACCCUCACAAACGUGGGAUACUAAAGUGACCCAAACCUUUCUAUUACACCCAUACUCCAUGUGUUCCUCUCCGGCCUUUCCGCUCUCCCCUUUGGUCCCUCCAAACUACCCCAGCACAAAAUAUCAACAGCACAGAUAUUCACCUCUAGACAUCCGCAACUUCGGGUGUACAGUGCAUUCGUAAAGUAUUCAGACCCCUUGACUUUUUCCACAUUUUGUUACGUUACAGCCUUAUUCUAAAAUUGAUUGAAUUGU